UGAAACGGUUUUCCGUUUUUCGAUAGAAAGCUAUGCGUGCUUGCUAUCAUUGAUUGACAAAUACAGGUUUUAGAAGUUGAUAUUGACUUAUAUAUGCUUAACUAAUUCUGAACAUUUGCUGCAAAGGAACUAUCUGUUGUUUUUUUAACUUAUUUUAAAUAAAAAAUAACAUGUUAUAUAAAACAUAAAUAGAUAAAAGUGAUGUAUUGCAACACUCCCCAAAACGCCACGCCACCAGGUGUUGAGGUCAUUUCUGCAAUAAGCUGCACAUUGUCAGUCUUCGGCGCUAUUGUGAUUUUUAUAACAUACAUUUUAAUACCGGAAAUAAGAAACACAACAAGGAAAUUGAUCAUAUGGUUGACUGUUGCAGACCUCGUUACUUCUCUUGGUUACAUGGCAUCUUUCAUCUACAAUGAAUCAGAUAAUGUUAGCGAAUAUACGAAUACGACCUUGUUCUGUAAAACACAAAGUGCUGUGACGACAUACUCAAGUCUGGUGUCCUUCUUCUUGACAAUCUCAAUUGCUUUUCAUCUCCUGUUGGCAGUCUUCCGCCCACAGAAUAGCCCACGUCGUCUCAUUUUGCCUAUAGCCAACAUUAUCAGUUGGGGUGUACCAGGUAUUAUUAUCUGUGUGGCUCUGAUGGAAAAUAUGCUCGGAAGGGAAGUAAACGAUUCACCGACUGUCGGAACGGGAUCAUGGUGCUGGGUCAAAUGUAAAGAAAGCAACCCCCAAAAGACACUGUUUUACAUGUAUCUUACCGGGAAAGGCUUUGAAAUACUGUGUUACGUGAUCACAGCCGCUCUAUAUGUUUUAAUGAAACUGCGAAUGUAUCUCGUAUAUAGAAAUAGAAGACUUCAUGAUAUUCAGUCAGAUCUACGGGACGAUGACAAGAAUUUUGUAUAUGUUUGGCUGGUCUUUCUGAUGAUUCGUAUUUGGGGCACGAUCAGAUUCUAUCUACGAGUAAUCCCCGAUAAAACCAGUGAUGUAAUUGAAGGGGUUGAUAGAGUUUUAAUAUACUUCCAGGCCAUUGGGGACCCCAGCCAAGCUUUCUGUAACUGCAUACUGUUUUGCAUACUAGAUGGUGAAAUUUGGAAAAAGAUUCUGGGGUACAUUUGGGGUACAUCUGGGGUAUGUAGGCCAUCACAUGCGCAUAACAAUAAUAUGGUUGAUAUUGAAGAUACAGACAACGACGUUGACAUAAAUAGAGACAGUGAUUGUAUUCCACUGUUUGGUCAGAAUUAUUUUGGAAGACGGAGAUAUGGCUCUUGUAGUGAGCUCGUCGAGGAAACUACUAAUCAACAUAAGGGCCGUUUUGAACGCAUGCAUAAAACCACGGGAAGAUCUCAAGAGAUACCACUUGCAUGGAAACCGAACGUUAAUACGAACUUAACAAAUGGUAUGAUAUACAAGUUUUAUAUACUCUAUAAAACAAAGAUAAAAGGCGUGAUGUAUUGCAACAAUCCCAACAACACAACGCCAGCAAACGUGGAGGCCAUAUCGGCAGUAAGCUGCACCUUGUCAAUCUUGGGCGCUAUCGUGAUCUUUAUGACAUACAUAUUCAUACCGGAAAUACGGAACACCACGAGGAAAUUGGUCACGUGUUUGACUGUUGCAGACCUCUUUACUCCUCUUGGUUAUUUGACCUCCAUCAUAUACCAUGAAUCAAAAACGGGUCCAAAUGAUAUCCUGUUCUGUACAAUACAGAGUGUUGUGACCACAUACUCAAGUCUGGUGUCAUUCUUCUUGACAGUCUUCAUUGCUCUGCAUCUCUUUUUGGCAGUCCUCCGUCCGCAGAAUAGCCCACGUGGUCUCAUUUUGCCUGUGGCUAACAUUAUAAGUUGGGGUGUACCAGCUAUCAUUAUAAGUGUGGCGCUGGCUGAAAAUAUGCUCGGAAGGGAAGCACACGAUUCAACGACUAUCGGAACGGGGUCGUGGUGCUGGGUCAAAUGCAAAGAAAGCGACACCCACAAGACACUGUUUUACAUGUAUUUUACCGGGAAAGGCUUUGAAUUGCAGUGCUAUUUGUACACAGCGGCUCUCUAUGUUUUAAUGAAGCUGCGAAUACAUCUCGUACACAGACACAAAAGCCUUCAUGCUAUCCGGCCAGAUUUACGGGACGAUGACCAGAAUUUCGUUUAUGUGUGGCUGGUCCUUCUCAUGAUACGUAUUUGGGGUACGAUCCGAUUCUUUCUACGAGCAAUCCCCAAGAGUGCCAGUGAUGUGAAUGAAGAAAUGGAAAGAGUUGAUAAGGUAUUAACAUACUUUCAGGCCAUUGGGGAUCCAAGCCAAGCCUUUUGCAAUUGCAUACUGUUUUGCUUACUAGACGGUGAUGUGCGGGCAAAAAUUAUGGGAUAUAUUUUAUGUAGGACCUCAAAUACUCAAACCAACUAUAUGGAUACUGUAGAAGAUACAGAAAAUGACUUUACGUCGGGUGUUGCCUCUAUUGGCAACGUUGAUUUUAGUCCUCUGUUUGGUCAUAAAUCAAAAGAGGAUAAUGGAAGACGGAGAUAUGGCUCUUGUAGCGAGCUUCUCCAUGACAGUGCUAAUCAACAUAAUGAAACUUAUGAACGCUUAUAUACAUCAACGCGAUGAAACGUAGUCAAAUGACAAUACUAGGGGGGCACAUGAAUUUGGAUGUGUGCAUUCACUGGCAAUUCUUAUUUAAACAAUACGGAAUUCCAAUGUCGUGAAAAUUUUAGUGUUAGUUCAAUCAAGAUUACUUUUAUUAUUAGCUGCUAAAAUUAUUCUCUUUAAGCCUAUUAGAACGCCAUCGCAUGAAUUAUUUAAACAAUUAGAAUGGCUUCAAUUUGAAUACCGUUGCAAAUAUCUAACGGCUGUUAUGGUAUAUAAAUCUAUUAACAAUCUUACACCGAGUUAUAUAAGAGACAUUAUAAAGUUAUCAAACAAUACAAGAUAUUGAUUACGAUCUUCUACGCGACAAGACAUUGCCCACAUUCGACAUAAAACUCAAUACAAGAAACACUCGUUUGCAUGCUGCAGCGGGACAGUUUGGAACUCUUUACCAAAACGAAUACGUAAAUCGAACACGGAAAAGUCUUUUAAAGCCUGCUGCAAGAAGUUCUUUUUACAUAAUCAAUUGCAAAAACCGUUGUAAGAAUUGUACGCAUAAUUCCAUGACUAUUGUUUUUACAUUAUAAAUAUCUCGAGUAAGGUGUUAAAUACAUGUGUGACUGUCCUACUUACUCAGUUAAUAAAUUUUAAUGAUACGAUUUGUUACCCUUUAGGUACAAAUUGAUGUAUUGUUCGGCAUUGAUGUUAUAAUUAAUGUAUUAUAUUCAUGUUUCUUUAUGUUUUCGUAUAACAUUUUAAUACGUACCCUUUUGAAAUAACAUAAAUUUAUGCUUGUGUUUUCAUUCUAAGCAUUUAUGUGUGUGUGCGUGUGUAUGUUCUUUCAGAAGGCCACAUUGUAAAUAAGUCGUGUGUUAUGUUUGUUUAUAAUAUGAUGCCUAUGUCUUAAUGUGUUACCUUCUUUAAAUAAAGUUAUUAUUAUUAUUAUUAUUAUUAUUAUUAUUAUUAUUAUUAUUAUUAUUAUUAUUAUUAUUGUGCCUUUUUGACUCCCGGAACCCGGCGUUGAACAAUUAUCUCUGGGCACAUGCUUUGUUAAUUGUUAUGAAGAUAAAUUAUAGUGAAAUUACAUAAUGAUAGUUGAAACAAUGAGAUUAGUGAUUACAUUUUUUAUUGCUGUC